UCCGUCAGGGUAAACAUAUUUGAAAUCGUGCUAAGAACUAGGUCAGAUUACCUUGGACUAGUGUUUUAUACCUAAUCUACGGGCAUUUCUUUUGUGUAUAAAAGCAUCACAUCUUGUCGCUAAAGAACAGUAUCCAACAGCCUCUAAAAUGAACAAGGUAUUGAUCACCCUCGCACUUCUUAUUGCCGUUACCGUGGCCGUGCCACAAGGAAGAUUCUUCGGCGGCGGCUUGUUCGGACGUCCAGUUGUCGGACUCCGUCCCAUUGGUGGUGGUUUCGGUGGACUAGGUGGACUAGGUGGAUUUGGUGGAUUUGGCGGCAGUGGAUCCGGUGCCGGUGCUGGAACAGGAUCAGCUGGUCCUGGAGGAGUUACAGCCUCAGGAGUUGGCAUUUCUAGCGCUCAGAACGGUGGAUUCGGCACUGGCAGCGGAACCGGAACCGCCGGCUCAAACUUCUUCACUGGACAGAACUUCGCUACUGGCGAUGGUAGCGGCCAAAGCUUCGGCAAAUAAUUUAUUUCGAUUGUGACCAACCGUUUGCAUACAACUAUAAAAACCAUGUAGAAAAACAAUAAAUAUUUACUUUAUUCAA